AUGGAAGGCACAUGCAUUCGGUGGUCAUCAAAAGUGGGUUUUUGGGUUUUUAAGUGUGGGUGUGUUGUGGAUGCUUGUGAAGUGUUUGAAGAAGCAGAAGAAGGUGGCUCGUGUGAUUAUGAUACAUAUAAUGCAAUGAUAGAUGGUUUUGCAAGUGCGGAGAGAAGUGAGGAUGCGUUUUUGAUGUUCAGAGACAUGCAAAAGGGUUCUUUUGGCCCAACGGAGGUUACCUUUGUGAGUGUCAUGAGUUCUUGUUUGAGUUUAAGAGCUGGUUGUCAAGCGCGGGCUCAAGCUAUCAAGAUGGGUUUUGUUGGUUGUGUUGCUGUGAACAAUGCAAUGAUGACUAUGUAUUCUGGGUUUGGGGAGGUUAACGAAGUUCAAAAUAUUUUUGAGGGAAUGGAAGAAAGGGAUGUUGUUUCAUGGAAUAUAAUGGUUUCAACCUUUUUGCAAGAGAAUCUUGAGGAAGAAGCAAUGUUGAGCUAUUUGAAAAUGAGGAGGGAAGGAAUUGAACCAGAUGAGUUUACUUAUGGAAGUUUGCUGCUUGCUUCAGAUUCUUUGCAAGUUGUGGAGAUGAUCCACUCCCUUCUAUGCAAAGGCGGGCUUGUGAAAAUUGAAGUUUUGAAUGCGUUAGUUUCUGCAUACUGCAGACAUGGGAAUAUAAAGCGUGCAUUUCAAAUCUUUUUUGGUGUUCCCUCUAAAAAUUUGAUAUCUUGGAACAUUAUCAUGUCUGGGUUUUUGAUGAAUGGACACCCGUUGCAAGGGUUAGAGCAAUUCUCUGCAUUACUUAGUAUACAAGUCAAGCCAAAUUCCUAUUCCCUCAGUCUUGUUUUGAGCAUUUGUUCUAGCAUGUCAGCCGUGAGUCAUGGGAAACAGGUUCAUGGUUACAUUCUAAGACAUGGAUUUCCUUCAGAAGUUUCUUUGGGUAAUGCCCUGGUCACAAUGUAUGCCAAAUGUGGAUCUUUAGACAAGGCUUUGAGAGUAUUUGAUGCAAUGGUGGAAAGAGAUACAAUAUCUUGGAAUGCUAUGAUAUCUGCUUAUGCACAACAUGGACAAGGCGAAGAAGCCGUGCACUGUUUUGAGGUAAUGCAAACCUCACCUGGAAUCAAACCAGACCAGGCUACCUUUACUUCAGUUCUUUCUGCUUGCAGUCAUGCAGGUUUGGUCGAUGAUGGUAUCCAUAUACUUGAUACAAUGGUGAAAGUUUAUGGAUUUGUGCCAAGUGUGGAUCAUUUUUCUUGCAUAGUUGAUCUGUUGGGUCAAAGUGGAUACCUUGAUGAGGCAGAGAGAGUGAUUAAAAGUGGAUACUUUGGAGAACAUUCCAAUAUUUGCUAG